AUGUCUCAUGUACUUAAUGGCUUACUCAAAUACACUUGACUCCCUAACUCAACAUUAAAAUAUGCAACUAAAUUAUGUUUCCUUUCUUUUCUUUUCUCUAGCCAGUGAUUCAGCAUGGCAGGAAGAAUAACAUGUCUCUGCAGUCUCCACAUAAGUUUCUGGUCAAAGUAACGCACUAUAUAGGAGAAGGUGUCAUGGAAUAGCUUGAUUGAAUAUUACUCUGUUUGUUGGCCAUAGCUGACGUUUGAGCAGCUCUCCAUGCUGUGUCUUGAAGAUUGUUAAGGUCGUGAACCAGACGACCCUGCGCAUUCUGCUACCAGUGCUGGCUCGUAUCAUGGGGGUGAACCUGAGGAGUGGGGCGACCUCCCCAGAAUCCCAGCGCUCUCUGACAGGAUCUGAGGACUCCUUAGACUGUCUGGAUGAGCGGGAGAAAAGGCUGAUGAUUAGUGACAUGAACUACUGGACCAAGGAAAGGAGGAGGAAUAGCAGGGCAGGGUGCUGCCAAAACUCUGCUCGCCGAACCAAACAACCAUGCUACUCUCCUAAGAGGUAUGUUCACAGCAAUAUUUCAACUUAUUGAUUCCGAGGCUUUUAUCCCUGACCCAUUCUUAUCAUCAAUUGGAAUUAACACCUUGUAUUUUUGUGUUCUGAUCAGAAAUGUUGCACCAGAGGGGUGGGUCUUGGGUAAGCCAUUAUAAAGUAAACUAUGAAUAAAGAGAUCAGGUACAGUACAUGUCUUUCAGAAAUAAUCAAAUUCUGAUAUCGUACAAACAUCAAAAUCAUGUUAAAAAUCGUGUUAUUUGAUUUUGGGCUUCUAUGCAUGGCAUAAGUGAUGUUUGUGUGUGUAUCUUCAAGGUGCCAGACCUGGUUGCAGAGCUCGCCUGAAACUGGAGAGGCUCCCCUCAUGGAGGAGCCUCUGAAGGCUCUCUUUGGAGUAACAGAUGAAAGCCUCCUGAUGUCCUUGGCUAAGGGCCACUCCAACCUCGCCUCCUCCAGCUCCUUCCAGUUGAGCUGUGCUAUUGCGGGGGAGGUAGUACACCAGCUUAACUCUGGCCGCUCAGUGGCCAUUCAGGCCAGCCUAUGGAGUUGCCCCCCUUUGGACAGUCAGGAUAUGGCAGCAGGCAGGGAGGUCAUUUGUGUAGCCUCGGUGCAGAUCCUGGCCGAGCUACAGAGCCAAAGAUCUGAGCCAGAGUGGAUAGAGUUUAUCGAGCCCCUCAUGGACCCUGUGACCGACAAUGUGCUGGAUGCCAUUGUUGGCCCUAUGGAAAAAAUGGCACAGGACUUGAACAAGAAGAUGAAAAUCUUAGGGUCUCAAUUUCUGACCAAACUUCAAUGUGACCUUGAUGUUGAAUGUCAAUCUGGGAAAGAAGAGACCACUCACUUUCUCAAGGAGACUGGAUCCUCUACUAGUGUGGUGGCCAGAAAACUUCAGACCCUCUCUAGCCCAGACUUCCAGUCUAAAGCACUCAAGGUUGUGAGCAUCAUCCUUACAAGGAAAGUCAGCAGCUCUUCUGGCGUGGCACCUGCCUCUAGGCUUUCUAGUGCUGUUUCCAGUCUGACUGAGGCUCCCCUGAAUACCAGCUGCACAGCCUUGACAUCUGUAACUUCCACUGCCACAGUGAUUAAUAAGACAUUUGUGGGAAGCAUGGAGACGAUAGCAUCAUUUGAAGGCACAUGUGAAGCAGGUGAUUGGCCAGUUCCUCUAAAUGAGCACAAGACAGGGUCUUCACAGAAGAUAGCCUUUUCUGCAGCCCACACACUCUAUGGUCGUAUAUAAGCAAAGCUGAGGGACCUUUUAACUCUAUCCACUGGAGAUGAUGGUGUGGCUAAGGAUGCUUCUCUUCAGGAGUUUUCAGACAAAGUGGAAAAGGCUGUUUCAACUGGUGAGGUCCAGUUACCCAGCACCAAACUUGAUAGAGUACCCAGUGAGAGCCAACCAAUACUAGCUCUCUGUCUCUCUGAUCUGGAUACCAAUAAUCAAGAAGUUCUCAGCAGUCUUGUUUCCAUCUACAAGUCACAGUUAUCAAAAGUGGACAGUAAAUCGUUGGUCAUUGUGAGUUCAUCUGAUGAGUCCCUGGAAGCUUGUAGGUUUGUUGAUGGUGUCCUAUCCAAGCUUGAUGCCUAUACCAUAUACCAGUCACCCUCACCCGAUGAAGACUUGAGUGUGAGUCUUCAAUAUUCUCAACUGAGCUCAGAACAGAGUGUCAGAAUCACACAGUCAUCUACUAGUCUGAUUCAGAGCAUUAAGAACAUCUCUAGCAAGGACUUUAAGACUCAGGCAAAAGAGGCAGUGAGUAAAGUGCUGACAAGAUCCAGUCAUUCCUUUAUUACACAGAUCAGCAAUACUAGUCUUCAGGAAAGUCCUUAG